AUGACCUCAGUAUCAUCGUCGUUGAAAGUAGAACAGUACGCCUACUUGAAUCCCAGCAGAGACAGACGAAUAGCUAUUAUCACCGGUGGUAACAGCGGAGUGGGAUUUUACACAGUAUUACACCUAUAUUUGCACGGGUAUGUCGUAUAUAUUGCCGGAAGAUCGAAAUCUCGGUUCGUCAAGCUGUGCAAGGAGAUCAACGAAAAGGCGCAUCGAAUCAGACUCAAGUACAAGAGCGAAGAAGAAUCCAAGCAAAGGCAUUUGGGCGAAUUGCACUAUUUGGAACUCGACUUGACCAAUUUGCAAUCGAUAUUACGAGCUGUCGACAUUUUCAAGUCUCGCGAAUCAUACUUGCAUCUACUCAUCAACAACGCGGGAGUAAUGGCGUUGCCAUAUACGUUAACCCAGGAUAAUUUCGAAAUCCAGCUUCAAACAAACUUCAUUUCUCCCUUUUUAUUAACCCUCAAGCUAUUACCAAUCUUGGAACGCACCGGUGACAAGUUUUCUCAAAUUGAACGACCACGCAUCAUAUACCUAAGUUCCAUUGGACACCAAUUUGCAUUGAGCAAUUUCAACCUCUCAAAAUCAAUGAAUUAUAAACCCGAUUUCAUCUUCACCUGGCUCCGGUACGGCGUGGCCAAGACCGCCGGGAUCCAUUUCAUGAAAAUGCUCAGCUUGCGCAACCCCAAGGUCUUGUGUCUCUGCAUCCACCCGGGGUUCGUGAUGAACACCAACAUCUUCAGCUACUGGACCAACUUGCCCAUUGUCGGGAUUUUAUUCUGGUGUUUUUUCCAGAUCUUUGCUUGGUUCUUUGGCGUCACCACUGAACAGGGCGCCACUGAAGUCUUGACGAGCUCGCUUAAUUCGAACUUAACGGUGGAAAAAAAUAAUGGCAAGUAUUACGGACCACGUGGCAAGGAGAUUGAGCCGUCUAAGAUUGCUAAUAAUAUGGAUUACGCUGCUAGGACCUGGAUUUGGACAAUUCAUGAAUUGGCGGAAAGAGGUAUUACUAUAUGA